UCGGCGGAGCAGUGCAGACAAACACACAAUUCGCUCGCUCGGCCACGGAAGCCCAAAGCUAGAGACUCCUGGAACUCCCAAAUAUGGAGCCCGCCGCCGACGACUCGCCGCCGUCGCCGCAGCAGCCGCUGCUGGGUUCUCCGUACGCUGGCGCCGCCUCGGGGCCCGGGAACCACCAGGCCUCGCCCCCGCCGGCGGCGAGGCCGAGCCGCCUCGCGGCGCUCAUCGGGCGCGCGGCGGGGCGGCGGGGCCCGUCGAUGCUGGUGCGCGAGACGGCGGCGCUGCAGCUCGAGCGGCGGCGCGCCGACUGGGCCCACUCCCGCCCCGUCGUCGCGCUCGACGUCGCCUGGAACGUCGCCUUCGCGGCGGCGGCCGCGGCGGUGCUCGCGGCCUCCGCCGCCGAGAGCCCCGCCAAGCCGCUCCGCCUGUGGCUCGUCGGCUACGCGCUGCAGUGCGUCGUCCACGUCUCCCUCGUCUGCUCCGGCCCCGGCCGCCGCCGCCGCGCCGCCCGCGCGCGAGGCCCCGAUGUCGAGUCCGACGCCGCGAACGCCGGGCCGGACGGCUCAGGCAGCGAAGACGACGACGAUGAGGAGGCCAUGGAUGAGAGGAGCAGUUCUGUGGAACGAUGUGAGUCGGUGAACACUCUGGUGUCAUUUCUGUGGUGGAUCAUUGGGUUCUACUGGGUGGUGUCCGGCGGUGACAUGCUCGAACAGGGUGCUCCACGGCUGUACUGGUUAACUGUAGUUUUUCUAGCAUUUGAUGUCUUCUUCGCUGUUUUUUGUGUUGCUGUGGCCUGCUUCAUUGGGGUUGCAUUGUGCUGCUGCUUGCCUUGUGUUGUUGCAAUUCUGUAUGCUCUGGUUGGCCAGGAGGGUGCUUCAGAUGCAGAUAUUGGCGUUCUCCCCAGAUAUAAAUAUUCUGUUGCCAACGAGGAUGUAGAGAAAGGAACAGAUGAGGGGCUUAUGAUCCCCAUCCUGAACAAUAGUGGAGCAUCAACAAGCGAACGCAUUCUCCUUAAUGAGGACGCUGAGUGCUGCAUCUGCCUCUCAUCAUACGAAGACGGAGUGGAGCUAUCUGCUCUCCCUUGCAAUCAUCACUUCCAUUCGACAUGUAUUACAAAAUGGCUACGCAUGCAUGCAACCUGUCCACUUUGCAAGUUCAACAUUCUCAAAGGCAGUGAAAACUGAGAACUCAUUAGGGGCUUAUGCUGACAUAACUCCAUACUCAAAACCCUGUAUGCAUGUACAUCCUAGAUCAAAGCAGCUAGCGAGGAGCUUUGUGAUUCCCCA